UUUCACCUUUUUCCUUUUACCCAAAAUGCUCGAGUACGUUUGAGUGAGUAUGGAGCGCUUUAGCUGUCAUGUAAUAACACGAUAAUAGGAUCAGGAAAGAGGGUGAAGGGACAUUCUGACGGGAUACACAAGUAUACAGUUGGAAACAUGGCUGUAAAAGAAGAAGGAGAGGUUUUGCACUGUAAAUUCAAGCAUCACGAUGGGGUUGGCAAUGCAAACAGCACAGAAAGCUUCAGGAACGGCUACGUGAAGAGCUGCGUCACCCCUUUAAAACAAGACCACCAAGGGGGGUUUUUAUUCACUGUCUGUAGGUUUUGCAAUGCUGAUUUAUUAGGUUCAAAACGACUUCGGGCUUCGGUCCUAUACAUAGGUGCAUUCGCAGUUUGUGCAGUUUCGUUACUAAUUUCUAGGAGCUUGCAAAGUGGACAUUUCUUCUUGGAUCUGCGGACUUUUCUGCUGGGGCUUUCACAAUCUGUCAGUCCCCUCUUCAGUAUAGGCUGUGCGUUUUUCUUUUUAACAAUUUACCUGAGGAGAAAAAAGCGGGAAAGCCAUAGGACCUGGUUCGUGUCGCUGCCUGCAUCAUGCUAUUUGGGGGAUUUCUUGGUUUCGGUGUUUUUGCAGCUGGGAGAGUAUCCCCACCACAUGCAGAUGGUGGGCAGAUUACUCUUUGUGUUGGGUUGUGUCGGUUUGCUGACACUGGUCCCAACUUUGAAACUGAAACACAGUGUCCUAAUCUUGAUUUUCGCCAGCCUGGUGUGGCUGGUAUCCUUCACCAGCCUGGGAUGUCUGCCUGUGUACAUGAGACCCAUCUCGGCUUGCCUGGCGGGGGUAUCUGGCUCUCUCCUGGCGCUUUGUUUCGACAAUUAUCACCAACCUAGGGAAACAUCGCACCGGAUCCCAAACGAGGAGAAAGUGCCUGUCAUCCGACCUCGGAGAAGGUCCAGUUGUGUUUCUUUGGGAGAAACGUCAACCAGUUACUAUGGCAGUGGUAAAGUCCCACGGAGACCGUCCCUGCCAUGCAUUUCCAGAGAACAGAUGAUUCUGUGGGACUGGGAUCUGAAACAGUGGUACAAGCCACAGUCUCAGGGUGCGGCCAGCGGGAACGGGGUGGACCUCUCCGUCAUCAACGAGGCGCGGAACCUGGUUUCGGACCUGCUGUCGGACCCCUCGCUGCCCCCCCACACCUCCACCUCUCUGCGCAGCGUGUCCCGCCUGAUGGGCACCUUCUCCGGCUCCUGCCGCCCCCGCCCCAACCCCUUCACCCCCUUCCCCGGGUUCUACCCCUGCGCCGAGGCGGACGACCCCGCCGAGAGGAGCGAGAGGAAGCCGCCCAAGGGCAUGGGUAGCAGGAGCAGCCUGCCCACCCCCCAGCUGCGCCGCAGUUCCACCUCCUCCCCCUCGGAGGCGCCCUCUUCCCGCUGGGAGCGCACCAGCAACAAGAGACCCCACCCUGAACUCAGUGCCACCAGCCUGGGGUGUCUGUCCAAUGGACCCAGUGCUAACCUGCUGACCAUUCCCAAGCAGAGGUCCUCCUCCGUCAGCCUGACCUACCACGCUGGGCCCAGGAGGGCAGGUACAUCCCCCGGCCUGAGUCCCGUAAACUCCCCCUCUCACCCGCCCCCCGCCGCGGGCUCCUCCCUGGCGCUGCGCUCCUCCCCCGUGGAGUUCCCGGACACGGCCGACUUCCUGACCAAGCCCAGCGUCACCCUGCACAAGCCGCUGGGCUACGCCCUCAGCUCGCCCGACUUCCAGCAGCAGCUGCGCUGUUCCAGCCUGUGCGCCAGCUGUGGGCGAGCGACGCUGAAGGGCACGCCCUGCGCAGAGGUGGCCGAGGGCCUUGCGCCGCCCCCUGCAGAGGCGGAGCUCAGACACACAGCGGGUGAAGGGACGGAGGACGCGGCGGACGGGCGAGACAGGGCGGGGCUGGACGGAGGGGCGUGUCCAGACCUGGAGGAGGCGGAACAGGAGCAGCAGCAGCUGCAGGAGACGGAGGUGCAGUCAGGAGUAGAAACCUUUAUUAUUUCCCGUGGGAAAAUUUGUUUCGCAGCCAAACAAAAUCGCAGCACAAGCGAGCAGGACUUCUCCUUGGACCCCCUGUUGGAGGAACAGGAGACCCUCAUGGAGACGCUCAACAACUGGAACUUCCAGAUCUUUGACCUUGUGGAGCGGACCGGAGGGAAAACGGGCAGAAUCCUCAGCUAUGUUACGUACACUCUGUUCCAGGACACCGGCCUGUUUGAGAUAUUUAAAAUCCCCAUGCGAGAGUUCAUGGCAUACUUCUGCGCACUUGAGAACGGCUAUCGGGAUAUACCUUAUCACAACCGGGUCCACGCCACAGACGUCCUGCACGCGGUCUGGUACCUGACCACACAGCCCAUCCCGGGGUUCCAGCAGAUCCACAAUGAGCAUGUGACAGGAAGUGACACGGACUCGGACAGCGGGAUUUCCCCGGGCAGGGUGGCCUACGCUUCCUCCAAGUCCUCCUCCGUCUCAGACGACAGCUACGGCUGCCUGACCUGGAACGUCCCCGCCCUGGAGCUCAUGGCCCUGUAUGUAGCGGCAGCGAUGCACGAUUACGACCACCCCGGCCGCACAAACGCCUUCCUCGUGGCUACUAAUGCCCCACAGGCGGUGCUGUACAACGACCGCUCGGUGCUGGAGAACCACCACGCAGCCUCCGCCUGGAGCCUGUACCUGUCUCGCCCCGAGUUCAACUUCCUGUCCAACCUGGACCACGUGGAGUUCAAGCGCUUUCGCUUCCUGGUUAUCGAGGCCAUCCUGGCCACCGACCUGAAGAAGCACUUUGACUUCCUGGCGGAGUUCAAUUCGAAGGUAAAUGAUGUGGACAGUCCAGGAAUUGACUGGACUAAUGAGAACGACCGGCUGCUGGUCUGCCAAGUGUGCAUUAAGCUGGCGGACAUCAACGGACCGGCCAAGUGUCGCGAGCUCCACCUCAAAUGGACUGAAGGCAUUGUCAAUGAGUUUUAUGAACAGGGUGACGAGGAGGCGAGCCUGGGACUUCCCAUCAGCCCCUUCAUGGACCGGUCCUCUCCCCAGCUGGCCAAGCUGCAGGAGUCCUUCAUCACCCACAUCGUGGGGCCGCUGUGCAGCUCGUACGACGCCGCUGGCCUGCUGCCUGGAUACUGGAUGGAUGAGGAGGGAACGGAGGACGAAGCGGAGGAGGAAGAGGAGGAGGAAGCAGACAACUCAGAAACGGAUGAUGAGGAGUUGGAAGAGGAGCUUGAACCAAGUCAUAAAAAAAGGAGAAAACGACGACGGCGGCGGCUUUUCUGCAACAUCAUGCAUCACCUGACAGAGAACCACAAGGUUUGGAAAAAGACCAUCGAGGAAGAGGAGAAGAGCAAAGAGCCCGGCAAACCGCCUCCCCAGCCGACGCCCUCCGAGGCCCCGCCCCUGUCCUCCACCUCCGAGGACAUACAGGUGAUUCAGGAGGAGGCGGAGGAGGAAGAGAGGCCGUAGCAACGGACAGGGGUGGAACCCAGAUUGGAAACUGGCAGGACUUCCUAGGGAGGGGUACGUGUAUGCGGAGGGGUACGGCAGGGGAGGUGAGACCCCCCUAACACCCCCCCCCCCCCCCCCCCCCCCCCUCCCCGACACACACGGGCGAUGGAGCCAUCCUGCUGGACCUCUCCUUGAUACGCUGAGCUGUGGUGCUGACGCCCCCCUACACUGAAGCACGCCUGCAUCGGCUCAGAAAAAAAGGCCUUAUUACUGUGAGCGGACUCCUCCCGCAAAUCCUAUGCACUUUGACCCCACGGGGGAAUAAGAUAUAAACAAACAAUGAAAUGACAGAAACAACCCUUGUUCUCUGCAGAUGGGGAGGGGGCAGUUUUUUUUUUUGGGGGGGGGGGGGUGCGGCAUCAGGAAUGGAUGGAGAGCGGGGCAAGGAUGCAAUCUCUGUGUCGUUGAGUUAUGCAGCUGAUGCUGUCUGGUUGACCGCAGAGAGCGUUUUGAUAUCUGUGAGGUACUAAAAAUAAAAUAAUAAUAUGCCUCUUUUAAAGUGAUUGAAGUUACCAAAGUGAAGAAAUCGAGAGGGCAGCGUCUCUGUGACUGAUUCAGGCUCUGCCGGAAACAAAAACAAGAAAAUAUAUAUUUAAAAUAUAUAUGAAACAUAUAUAUUUCAAAUGUGCCUGUCCCAUCAUAUACUCAACUCAAAACAGUUGAGGCUGCAUAUAGACAAAUAGUUUAUUUUUUUAUUUUUAUUUUUGUUUUUGUUGCACAAACUGUGCGGUCUCUCUCCGCCCUUGGGCUAAUGACACGAAACACUGUAUACGCAGACUCUGUUAGUGGAAGCGCUGACAUUUUGACUGAAGACAAAUGUGCUGCCCUUAUUCUUUAUGAUGCCUUCUACCCUUGUGUGUAGCCUGCCUCGUUCAUUUCUUGUUGACAUAUAUAUUUUUUGGAAUGCACAGUGGUUCUGAAAACUUGCUCCAUUCUGAAUGAGGGAUAUUUCAUUUUUAAAAUCUUUAUAUGUCUACAUACACAGAGACAGACAUAAGCGCGCAUGCACACACAUACGCACACACAUACAUGCACGCACACGCACACAUGCACAUACUGUAUAUACAUUUUUCACUUUUUCUCAGGAUGCACAUUAAUAUUAAAUUAUUUUGCAAGAGUUCUGGUGCAAAGUCAUAAUGCCCCCCUGCCCAAGUGCUUGGUAUGACUGAUUCCACAGAAAACGGGUGAGCUGCAUCACUGAAUGUGAAAAGUCUUUUGGUACAGUAUGGCACGGACCAGAACCUGAACAUACUAACCAACAAGGAGAUGCAUAGUGCACAGGGAUGGCUAUUUUUCUGCUGACUUGCUGUUGGCAUUAUUGACAUGUAUUCCUGGUUCGGGCUGCCGGGUGGCUCAUCCUGUUAAGGCACUGAUGUGUGUGUGGAUGGGCCCCUUGGUUUUGUAUGGAUGAAUCUGGGCCAUGCAAGUGUUGGCUGUGGCUGGCAGCUGUAGAAUUGCCUGGAGAAGGAAAUGCAUUCAGACUGCAGGGACGUGUCUCCUCAUGCACUAGCACCCCCCUCUGGUCAUUCUAGUCUACAGGCACAAAUUGCACAUGAAGUGUCCUCUUUAAUUCAGUGUGUGAGUUUCACGGCUGUGUUGCAGAGUGACUAGAAGCAGUGGCUUGAUUGAGCUUUCAGGGAAGAGAGUGUACUUGUGUGCACUGUCCCGAAUCGACUAGAGAUCGCAGCGAUGAGCAUGAGCACACACAAUUCCGGCGCUCCAAAUUGGGUGUACAUGGGGGUUAAAUUGGAAAGAACAUGCGUUCUUGCAAAACCUCGUUGUUUUCUUCAGAAUAACUUACUGCUGAUUCCUGUGCGACACUGUCUGUCUGUCAACUGUCAAACUGUCAAAGUCUGUCAAAUGUAUGUCCGAGGCCAGUGAGCAAAUUAGCAGCGUUCAGCGUUCCCCUGGAGAGCGGCUGCUGAGCUUUUUUAAUGGUUUUGUGCUGUACCACAUAGGACACAUACAAUUUCUAUUUUUCUCUGAAGCAAGAACUUUCAGCAUUCCACUAGAAGUCGGAAAAAAAGCAAUCACGUCGGACAUCAUGAAGGCCAAGCUCCUUCACUGAGUUUUUAUAGAAACGUGUUCCGACGAUGAUCAAUGUUCUCAAGCAGCCAGUGUAACUCAAGCUAGUGUAUUUAAAAGGAGAAUUCAAAAAUGCGCACCUUUUACUACCAAACAAGUGUUUAACCUCUGCACAGAAAGAGUAUCUGCAUAUAUAUUUUUUAAAUAAUCAACUGUAUCACAAUGCAUCUGUUUUAUAUGUGUGGUUGACAUGAUGUUCUACACACAGAAACCUGUGAUUAUCAUCCUGUCUCUAGUGUUUUUAUGAAAUACUAUUUACGGGUGUGAAGUCUGGGAUGUCGAGAAACUGGGAUUUGGUGUUAAUUCCUUUGGGUACAACAUGUGUGUUCCAUAACCUCACUUAUCUUGGACCUCUUUAGUUUUGCAUUGUUAUUCAGUCCAAGUUGUUUUUCUUCUUCUUUUUUUUUUGCCGAACCAAUGAAGGGGUUCCCAAACUGGUUCCAAUGACCCCUGAGUGUCCAUGAAGAAGACUAAGGGGGUCUUCUACAAACUUUAAAAAAUAUUUUACCCUUUUUAAGAAAUUUUUAAAAAAUAUUUCCAUAUAUCAUAUGAAAACGUCACAUAUUAGACUUAUUUUCAGGUAAGCUAACCCUCUUCUAUUUAAAAAUCCUGGUUUUGGUCAUUAUUAAAUAUUUAGAUUAUCCUAAAUAGUUUUAUGUCUUGUAUGGAUCUAUGAUAUAACCUUGCUUCCAUAUAUCACUGGGUUAAAUACUUGGUUUUAGCCAGUAAUACAGUUAGAUACAGGUGUCUAAAGAUCACAUCCUCAUCCAGAGUGAUGACAUUUUAAGAGCCACAAAUUGGACAAAGUUUGGGAACCCCUACCCUAGUGCUCUCAGGAUUUUUUUCCCACAAUGCACUGCUCAGUGUGGAACAGAAGCAUGACGCAACCGUAGGAAGGCACAAAACUAAAAUGAAUGAGGAAAAAUACAUAUGCUAUUACCUGGAUACCUGGCCAAAGGUACCUGUUUCCUCGCCAGCAGAGGGGAAUCUAGUGUCCCUUUGUCUGGCACAGGCCCAUCUGUGCUGCAGGUUUUCCUUUUUGAGUCAUUAAGCCACACCCCUGCUGUAGCAUUAUGUCAUUAGUAGCGCAUUCUCCCAGAGCACUCAAAUCAACCACAGUGUAUUGUCAGAUUAAUCAGAUUUUAUGAAUGACUGUCACCAGUAUGUAGCACCUAAAUGUGUAUCUCAGAUGUAAUGUUUAAACCUUACGAAAUAUAUGUGUGGCGGGGAGGGUAAAAGUCUCUGGUCUAUCAUUUUUAGUUUUGAAGGUGUGUGUGUGUGUGUUUUUUUUUUUUUUUUUUACAGCAAAUAUGUUUUUGUGUGUAACGUAAUAUGUUGACUAUAAAAUCCAAAGUUCAAGGAAUAUAUUUUAAUAAAUGUUGAAAUACACUGCAUUGUAUCAUUUCUCCUUUUACUUGUGAAAGCUAUGCAUAUAGCAUACUAUUUCAGUGUAUAUUAUUGUGUGUGUGUGUUUGUGUGUGAGGAUGUCUGUAUCUGUUGUUGACCGAUUGAUAUUGUGCAUAUAUGCAUCAUGUUCUGAUGGACUCUUGUCUGCUUGCUGUUAAUACUCAAACAUACAUUUAAUCUUCUGCUAUUUAACUUCAGAGACUUAGGCCUAGACCAUAUGGUAGUUCUGUAUGGAUAUUGACAGAGGAAAUCCACAGGGAACUUCGGCUCUUGGGAGAUGGUUGAAAAUGGCUGAUUGUCGGAGUUUAGCUCUGAAUGCAGGGUGAUCUUUGUGCUCAGUCCAUCAGAGACUGGUGACACGGUUGUUCAUCUGCCGCUGUUUUGACGUGUGUGACUGUCAGGGAGAAGUCUCCGCUCUGUUCACAACGCUACGCUCGCUGUCUGUGUCCCACGUCCCCGGGGGGGCGAUGAAAACAAACUGGCAUCCCAGCGGACAGCCUUCGGUUUGUUUCAGCUGUCACUCACGAAACCGCGAGGAAGCUCGAUUAUAAAUCACCAAGAGAUUUAGAGGGCUCUGCUGAAGUGAACCUAACCACCAAAAAGUUGCUGUUUUAAGAGGCAGUUGUUUGUAUGGAUGGGUAUUAUUUGCAUGCUGUGGACCUGCAGCAAUGGCAGAUUGGUUGCUGUUAUUUAGCCUUUUUUUUCCACAACUGGCUUGUCUAAAGCAAAAGGUUGAUGUUUAUUUAUUUGUCCUUUUUGGUUUCAUUUUUAUGUGAAAAUAAACUCUUUGUCCUCUUC